UAGAACAGAACUGAGUGAGAUCGGAAUCCCUAAAAAGAAGUGAAGAUCUUAAGAAAAUAACUAAACUUAUGAAGUUUGAUUGGAAGUUUGUUUAUUUUUAAUAUCCUCCUUUCUUUUAGCAUAUUAAAUUCAAUGCUUGCUAGAUUUGUAAACUCUUUGCCAUUCGGCCUAUCGCAACAAAUUACGAAGUUAUAUUUCCAAGCUUUGGUACGUAAUCAGCGGGAGGCACACAGUUUAAUAGAACAUCAUCAAUACAAAAAAAUGGAUGUGAAAAUAUUGCCGGCAUUGCAAGACAAUUAUAUGUACUUGAUUGUUGAUAAAACUACUAAAGAAGCGGCCAUAGUUGAUCCAGUAGAACCUAAAACUGUGCUAAAAGCUGUUCAAGAACAAGGCCUAAAACUUACCUCGGUAUUGACAACGCAUCAUCACUGGGAUCAUGCUGGAGGCAAUGAAGAAUUAGUAAAACUCCAUCCUGGAUUAGAAGUUUAUGGUGGAGAUGAUCGAAUCGGUGCUUUGACUAAUAAAGUAGAGCAUAAUACUCGAUUCAAUAUUGGCCAUCUAAACGUACAGUGUCUGUUCACUCCAUGCCAUACCUCUGGACAUAUCUGCUAUUUUGUUACAUCACCUGAAGAAGGAAACGAGUCUGUUGUAUUUACAGGAGACACCUUAUUCCUGGGAGGCUGUGGAAGAUUUUUUGAAGGCACAGCUGAUCAAAUGUAUAGGGCACUGAUCACUGUAUUGGGGACACUGCCCGAUCACACUAAAGUUUUCUGUGGCCAUGAAUACACAUUGCAAAAUUUGAAGUUUGCAUCACAUGUUGAACCUUCUAAUGAGGAGGUAAAAAAGAAAAUCGAAUGGUCUACAGAAAGGCGACAAGAAGGGUUACCAACCGUUCCUUCGACAAUAGCUGAAGAAAAGUUGUACAAUCCAUUUAUGAGAGUAACACAACCAACAGUAAUGAAAUUUGCUAAUUGUACAGAUGCAAUACAAACAAUGAAAACAAUACGAUCUUUUAAGGAUUCAUUCAAGGGAUAAUUGCAUUACAAAAGGGUAUUCACAUUUAAUACUGAAAAAGGCACAAACAAAACAAUAUUUUCUGUCAUAUUAAUUUUAUUUUUGUUAAUUAUAUUUAAAAUAUUUGUUGGCUAUAAAGGGUUUUAAAAAGUUUCCUAUCUCUUUUCAUUGCUUUACAAACAUAUAAAAUUAAGUUUACAAGACUGCAUGAUAAAACACAUA